AUUUUAAAACUUGAUCAACAUGGCCUCCGCUCAGAUUAGCAAGAAGAGAAAGUUCAUUGCCGAUGGUGUUUUCUACGCCGAGUUGAACGAGUUCUUCCAGCGUGAGCUCGCUGCCGAGGGUUACUCCGGCGUUGAGGUCCGCGUCACCCCCGCCCGUACUGAGAUCAUUAUCCGUGCUACUCAGACUCAGGAGAUUCUUGGUUUCCAGGGCCGCCGCAUUCGUGAGUUGACCUCUUUGGUCCAGAAGCGUUUCAAGUUCCCCGAGAACACCGUCGAGUUGUACGCUGAGAAGGUCUCUUUCCGUGGUCUCUGCGCUAUUGCCCAGUGCGAGUCCCUCAAAUACAAGCUUCUCAACGGCGUUGCUGUCCGCCGUGCUUGCUAUGGUGUUGUCCGCUACAUUAUGGAGUCUGGUGCCAAGGGUUGCGAGGUUGUUGUUUCCGGUAAGCUCCGUGGUGCCCGUGCCAAGGCCAUGAAGUUCGUUGACGGAUUCAUGAUCCACUCUGGUCAGCCUACCAAGGACUUUGUCGACACUGCAGUUCGUCACGUCCUCUUGCGCCAGGGAGUUUUGGGUGUCAAGGUCAAGAUUAUGUUGCCUUGGGAUCCUCAGGGCAAGAUGGGUCCCAAGACCCCUCUUCCCGACAUGGUCACUAUCAUGGAGCCCAAGGAGGAGGCCCCUAUCCUUGCCCCCGUCUCUGAGUCCCGUGAGGAGGCUAUCCCUGCCGCCCCUGUCGCCCCCGUUGAGGCUUAAAAUAGUCGCCUCUUUGCGCUUGUUUUAACAAAAUAAAAAUUAAAAAAAAA